AGAAGCUGCGGUCCCGCCUUCUCAAAGGCGAUUGGGCGCAGCAGAGCCCCGAUGUGUUGCCGUGGCAACACUGGGGACGCAGCUGGAGAUCGCGGCGCUAGAGGACUGGACCUGUUGAAUGCGAGUCUAAGGCGAUGGCUGCGGAGACUUCGCUUCCGUCCUUGCUCGCCCUGGCAGAGCUCCUCUCCGGCCCCCGCGAUGAAGACGAGGACGACGACGAGCUGGAGCAGGGCCCGACUUCGGCUGCGAGCAACUUGGGGCCAGGGCACAUUGCAGCUCCGAUGUCCGUGAAGCCCUCAGCCACCACUCAACUGAAAUCUGGGAAUAGCAAAGAGAUCUGGAGUGCAGAAGAGGUGCCAGAGGGAUCAGAGUAUGAUGAUUCCUGUGAUUCCAGAGAGCAACCUGAGUAUGAAAUUUUGUUCAAGCAGCAGGUGGGGGCUGAAGACUUGUUCCUGGGGAUGAGCCGAAAGGACCCCUCCACAGCCUGCUGUGAGGAUAUGCUGAUUAAAAUUCAACUGCCAGAUACAAAGGCUUCAGACAUCACUCUUGAUAUCAAGGAAAAGGUUCUUGAUCUUCGGAGUCCCCAGAAGAAGCUCCUCUUGCACCUACCACACCCUGUGGACCCCAACAGUGGGAGGGCCUGCUUCCUUUCUGAAAAGGGCACUCUGGAAGUCACCUUGCGCAUGAAGCGAGAACUUGAUUUCAUCAACUUUGCUUGA